AUGUCGCUAAAGGCUGAACUCGAACAGUGGCACCAGGCAGUCGAGUACUUUGACGAGCAAAACUACACAGCAGCCUUGGAAAUCUUUGACUCUAUCGCCGACUCUGCAAAGAUACACUUCAAUAUCGGCCUGAUUCUUGGUCGCAAGGCUAAUCACACCGCUGCGAUCGAGGCAUAUGACAAAGCUCUCAAGCUCGACAAAUACCUGGUCGUCGCAUACUUCCAGCGCGGCGUGUCCAAAAUGGUCAUACAACACAACCCCGAAGCGUUGGAUGACUUUAACAACGCGCUAAAGUUCCUACGGGACAACGAGUUUAUCGACUACACGCAGAUCGGGCUUGACUACAAGGUGUACACAUGUGAAGUGCUGUACAACCGAGCCCUGUGCUACUUUUGCAUGGGCGAUAAGGAGGAAGUACACAAGGCACACAAGGACUUGGCGAGCGCCAGCAGCCGCGUGGCUGAGGAGCGGCACUCGUGGAUCAAAAAGGCCGUCGACUCCAACGGCAUGGACUGUCCGCUGUACUGCGUGCCCAAGGGCGUCAUCUACCGGCCGUCGGCCAGCAAGUUGAAGAGCUCAAAGAAAAUUGACUUUCUCGGCUCGGCCAAGGUUAUCGCAUCGGCGGACGGCAAUGAUAACUUUACCGGGUUCAAGGGCGCGCUGGUGCGCAAGGAA